UAAUUUUAAAAUGCAAUUAAUAAUGCAUGGCGAGUAGCCUGCUCUGAAUACAAUAACAAAUUGCAUCGCGUAGCAUAUCUUUCGAAGUAUGGCAAGGAUUUUGAUGGUGUUUUGCUUGCUGUUAGCUUUCAGUCCUUCUAAUUCAGCCCCAUUUUCAGAUGAAGAAGGAGAAAGUGAAUAUAGGUCUGCUCCGGUAAAUGAAGAACUUGAUGAAGGUGCUCAAGGAAAUGAUCAGGAUGAGCAAGACGAUAAUCAAGUUGACCCUAAUUUCAAUGAAAAUAAAGAUGAUGAAGAUACGGAUGCCAAGGACAACAAUGAUGAUGAAAACGAAGACUCAGACCUUAAUCAAAAUGAUGGUAACAAAGAUAAAGAUGCAAAUAGCCAUGAGAAUGAUGAGAACUCAGAUGCUGGUGAUGAAAAUGAAAAUGAUAAUGAUGAUGAUGACUCUGACGACAAUGGCAAGAAAGAAUAUGACCAUGUCAAUGUAGAUAAAGAGGAUGAAACUAUGGGACGAAGCAACUCAGAUGAAGUAGAAGUUGAGAACAAUGAAAAGCAAGAUAGUAAAGAUGGUGACAUGUUGGAUGAUAAGGAUAAUGGUAACGCUCUAGAUAAAUUAAUUAUGGAGGAUUCAAAUGGCCAGAUAUCAUUACAAAAAAAUUCUGAUGCUGCUGAUCAGAAUGAUGAUCAAAAUGAUGACGAUGACCAUACAGAAAAGACUAUUUCAAAGUUGAAGGCUAUAUUUAAUGAAGAAAUGCCACAGAAAAUCAAAGAGCUUAAAAGCAAUAGCAUUGUAUUGAAAGAAAAUCUUGGACAAUUGAAUGCAAAAUUGGAAAAAUUUUUAAGGGAGAAUGAUAUACAAGAGCAGAAAACCGAGGAGUAACUUUGAAAAGUAAAUGAUAGUUUCAUAACCUGUUUAGCAUUCCAUAUGAUCAUCAGGAUGUAUAUCUUAAUUUUCAUAGGUGUGUUUAUUGUUCAACUGUUGUAUCUAAAAUUUUUCAAGCAAUUUGAUUAUCUUGUAACCAAUAACAUCAUUUUUGUAUUUAACUAGCAUUCAUAUAAAUUACAUGGUUGGAUUCAA